GAGUGGCCGAUACAAGAUGGCGGAAUCGGUGGGGAGGGAGAGGCGGAGGCGGGUCCGGAUCGAAUAGAGCAAAGCCUAUACAGGACUCCUAGAAAAUCUCUCGAAGACAGGACAAAUGAGGAGCUAUGACGAGUGAAAACCACAGUACUAUAAAGGGAGACUCGGGCAUGAUCAUGUCCCCGACUGGGUCCUCAGCCGCCCAAGCACCGCCACUCACGCCCUCCACCAGCAAAGCCAUCCAGGACCUGCCAGAUGAGCUGGUUCAGGCUGGAUGGGCAAAAUGCUGGAGCAAGAGGGAGAAUCGGCCGUACUAUUUUAACCGUUUCACCAACCAGUCGUUGUGGGAGAUGCCGGUCCUGGGGCAGCAUGAUGUCAUCUCUGAUCCACUGGGCCUAAAUGCAGCACCUGCUACAGGCGAUGGUACAGGAGAGGCUGGAGUGGGCAAUGGACAACGUAAGAGGCGCCCGUCAGAGGAUACCUCCUCAGGUGGUCCUAACAGCUUCAAGAGGCCAAAGGUUGAGAUUCCUGUAACGCCAACCACCCCUACAAUCCCCAUAUCACCAAGCACCCCUGGCGCAAAGCCCUGGAACUCCACUUUAGAAGAAAAACAAGCCCAGCCUAGCACCCCUGGUCCAACUCCUACUCCUGCUGCUCCUGCUCCUGCUCCAGCCCCAUACCGGCCUUCAGUUAUUUACUGGGAUCUGGACAUUCAGACCAAUGCAGUAAUUAAGGAACGGGCUCCAUUCAACUACCUCCCACCUCAUCCGGAGAUCGAGCUACAGCGUGCACAGCUCACCACCAAACUCCGUCAGCACUACCACGAGCUGUGUUAUCAGCGUGAAGGGAUUGAGCCACCACGGGAGUCAUUUAACCGCUGGCUGUUGGAGAGGAAGGUGAUGGAUAAAGGAGUGGAUCCCCUGCUGCCUAGCGAGUGUGAGCCUGUGAUCUCGCCCUCUAUGUUCAGGGAGGUCAUGAACGACAUCCCCAUCAGGCUCUCGCGCAUUAAAUACAAAGAGGAGGCCAGAAAGCUGCUAUUCAAGUAUGCAGAAGCUGCCAAGAAAAUGAUCGAUUCCAGAAACGCUACGCCAGACAGCAGAAAAGUUGUAAAGUGGAAUGUUGAAGAUACAAUGAACUGGCUCAGGAGAGACCACUCUGCUAGUAAAGAAGACUACAUGGAUCGUCUGGAGCACUUGCGGAAGCAGUGCGGUCCUCACGUGACGGCUGUAGCCAAGGACUCGGUGGAGGGGAUUUGCACGAAAAUCUACCACAUCUCGGCCGAGUAUGUGCGCCGAAUACGUCAGGCCCACCUCAACCUGCUGAAAGAGUGUAACAUCACAGUGGACGGGGCAGAGGCUGCAGAAGUGCACGACCGGUUGGUGUAUUGCUAUCCAGUUCGACUGUCCAUUCCAUCGCCACCGCAGCCCCGCGUUGAACUCCACUUCGAGAACGACAUGGCCUGUCUGCGCUACAAAGGAGAAAUGGUGAAGGUCAACCGUGGCCACUUCAAUAAACUGGAGCUACUAUACAGGUAUAGCUGUAUUGAUGACCCAAGGUUCGAGAAGUUUUUGUCACGUGUGUGGUGCCUUAUAAAGAGAUACCAGGUGAUGUUUGGAUCUGGUGUGAACGAAGGCAGCGGCCUACAAGGGGCACUUCCUGUGCAAGUGUUCGAGGCGCUCAACAAACAGUUCGGAGUCAGUUUCGAGUGCUUUGCCUCGCCACUCAACUGCUACUUCAAGCAGUUCUGCUCAGCCUUUCCUGACAUUGAUGGUUUCUUUGGAUCUCGAGGGCCAUUUCUAAGCUUUUCACCUGUCAGCGGGUCAUUUGAAGCCAAUCCUCCAUUCUGCGAGGAGCUCAUGGACACCAUGGUCACACACUUCGAAGAGCUUCUAGAGAACUCUAGCGAGCCUCUGUCUUUCAUAAUUUUUGUUCCCGAAUGGCGUGACCCGCCAACCCCAGCACUGACACGGAUGGAGACCAGUCGCUUCCGCAGGCACCAAAUGUCAGUGACAGCUUUCGAGCACGAAUACCGCAGUGGCUCUCAGCAUAUCUGCAAAAGAGAGGAGAUGUACUACAAAGCCAUUCACGGCACAGCGGUGAUCUUCCUACAGAACAGUGCCGGUUUUGCCAAAUGGGAGCCAACCAGCGAGAGAAUUCAAGAGCUGCUGGCUGCAUAUAAGAUCUCUGGACGCUCACUGUCCUCUCCUGGACCUUCUUCCUCUUCUUCCUCCAGCAGUGGAGACAGAGACUCCAAACCGAGCUUUGAGCGCUCUGCGAGCGUGGAAGCCCCUGUAGGCCCUGAAAGUAGCAGCCCUGCACCUGAAACAUCAAACAUAUAAGUGUGUGUGUGUGUGUGUGUGUGUGUGUGUGUGUGUGUGUGUGUGUGUGUGUGUGUGUGUGUGUGUGUGUGUGUGUGGGGGGAGAGAAUGACUGACUGCAUGUUGAGUCAGUUCAUGAGGGAGAAUGAGGAGAGAGAGCUAAGUAGAAAAGGUUUAUUUACUUUUUCCUCAGUCUCUAAUAUUUAAAGAAAUAUUAUGGGUUUUAUUAUUCAUGUCGUCAUAGUUGUUGAGAAUUAUUUUUUUUUUAAACUGAUGUAAUUAUUUGGUCACUAAUUGCGUUUUGUUGUUGCUGUUGUCAUUUGACACGUGGUAAUUCGACUUGGGUCCUGGUUUCUUUUGGCCUUUUUAUCGUCGUGCUUUGCCAGAGUUGUCUACCCGUCAGGUUGAGAAGUGGGGGAAAAGAACGAAAAAAAAUGUUGUCUCUUGUGUCUUUUCUUGUUUGUCUUUUUACUUAGAUGACAGAAAGGGAGAUGAAUCCAUGAGUGGGCAGCUAUGUUUAUAAGCCUGUAAUAUACAUUACAGAGUAGUAGUAGGCCUUUUGCAUACAAAUUAGCUGUGUUUUAUUUUGUGCUGGAGAGACUCCUUGGAAUACCCAUGCCAGCCCUCGUGGUCCCUCUUCUGGAAAACAGCAGAGAAUAUGAAAAAACGUACCUGGGAGUUUAUUUGAAGCGGUUACCUUUAUGAUUGGGGGGUCAGGAGGCAGAGGAGUAAAACGGCAGACAAGGAUAGCCUUGCAUUGUUUUCCCAAAAAGAUAUAACUUGAUUUUAACGUUAUAGUUCCACACUUAGUUUACUUGUUCGUAAAAUGUGCACAGAAGAUGAAUCCAUUUGACUUUGUUUACUAACCUGUAGGAAAAUACAGUUUUGUUACUCUGAGGUCAAUAGCAUCGACUGCGAUAAGAAUGGAAAUUUUGUAUUUUUUUUUUUUUGAGUGGAUAAUUUAAUAUAACUUUUAUCCUAAGUUAUGAUAUUUUUUUUAUUUUGUGUACGUCAAUACAGAUUUCAAAAGAAAGCAAUAGGUGAUCCUAAAAGCUUAACGUGGUAUGUAUACGUGAUAUUGCAUUUCAGCAAUAGUAACUGUCCAGCCAUCAAACUCAAUUGGUUCUACUGUCUUAAUCUCUGCCUUAGAAAUAAUAUUUCUAAAUGCCUUGGGUUUUUUUUUUUCUUUCUGCAAACUUACAAAUAUGUUAUGUAAUUGUAUGUUUACUCCAGAACAAGAUUGAACCUGAUCACUGGGCAGCAUAAUGAAUGUAAAAAAAUUAACACAAAAAAAAGGUCAAACACUCGAUCCAAAAAAUGUUCCCUCCAGCUCUGGGAAAAGACCAUGGACCGAGUUUUCUCUCCUCCCAACAUUCUUGUUAAAUUUAUCAGCUGUUCUUUUGGAAUCGGCUUUCUGGCAAUUAACAAUGUGACCGAAUUAAUAAGUGUCUUUAUAUACUUUUAAUUUCUCUGUUGUGUUUUCUCACUUCUAUAUGUAAAUACCCGGCAUAUUUUUAAAAUGAUGAAAUGCUUCAAGCUUAAAGCUUGAAGGACGGCUCAUGCAAGACAUUAUAGAAUUUUGGCAGCUUGCUGAUCAUUGCUAACAUUAGACCUCCUGAAGGAAGAUUCUCACCUUUUAGGAAGUCUUUAUCUGGCUUUCUCAUUCCUGGGGUGUUUCCCAUCACCAGCAAAACUGUAGAUAUUGUACAGAAAAGCAUUAUAAAGUAUGAUUUCUCCCUCACCCACCCCCCUCCCCGCUACACUUGCAGAGCAAGCUCUUUUGAAAAAGAAACAAAAAGUAUUCUACAUGUCUUUCUCCCCAUGCUUUUUAUUUCUUUUCAUUAAAUCUGUUUAUGGAUUAUAUGAUUUAUUAAAUAGAAGUCAUUUUAAACUAAACCAAAGUGAUAACUGAAGAGGAGAAAUCUAUCUUGUACGUAAUAGUAGAACUGUGUAUGAACAGUACUGCAUAGUGUAACCAGCAAAAAUGAUUUGUUAUUUUUAUAUUUCAUUGUUGAAUGUGUUCUGUUUAGGUUCUUUUUGCUUGAUCCCAUAUGUCACAAUCACAAAAGAGAUAAUUAAAUGUAUAGUGCUAA